AUGAAUUUCUCAGCGACUGCAUCAAAGAGAGUGCCGCUAUUUCUAGCGACUUUGUUAGUGUUGUGGACUGUUACAGUUGAGUCUGCAUCGGAGGAAGGCGAUAUAUACGCAGCAUGUAAUGUGGUGAAGUACUCCAAAGGCUCGGAGUUUGAUAGAAAUUUGGAGGCGCUCUUCAAAACGCUGACAGAGAAAGCAGCCGACUCGGGCUUCGGUGCUGCGGUUUACGGGAGGGAGAAGCCGAAUCAGCUGUCGGGGCGCCUCCAGUGUAGAGGAGAUUUGUCUCCCGCCGACUGCGGCGCGUGUUCAGCGGAGGUAGUGAGGGUCGUUCGCCGCGAUUGCCCCAACGCCAUUGGCGCACGCGUUCAGCUGGAGCAUUGCUUCCUUCGCUACGAGAAUUACACCUUUCUCUCUCAGUUGGACACUAAUUACUGGUAUGGCCUCGUCAACGUUAAGAACAAUACGGACACUGGUUUUAAUGCUGCUGCUCACAGUCUUUUGGCGGAUCUGUCGAGGAAGGCCCCCGCCAGCCCUAUUAAGUUCGCCUUGGGGUCGUCUGUUGUUUCUUCGAAUGUGAGCAUCUAUGCCAUGGAGAUGUGCUGGAGGGACAUAUCGGGGAAAGACUGUGCGGCCUGCAUUUCCAAGGGAAUUGAAAAGCUCUUCGACUGCUGCAGCGAAAGGGUGGGUGUUCAGGUGUUCAUGGGCAGCUGCACCCUACGCUAUGAAACCUAUCCGUUUACCAAGCACUAUUAA